AUGGGUAAGAGGCCACCCUGUGUGCUGAUGUUCCUCCUCCUGGUUAUGCUGGGAGUGGUGGGAGCUACAGAAUUAUGUGACUGUUCAUCACGAACAACAUACUGCAGCUGUAACAGCCUGAACCUCACCAGUGUGCCACAGAACCUGUCCACAACCAUCACCCGCUUGUUUUUGAAAGAGAAUGAAAUUACAACUUUAAGUCAGUCUGAUUUCGCACAGUAUAGAAGCUUAGAGAUUUUAGAGCUUAGUAGUAAUAAUGUGUCUACUAUUAACAGCCAUGCAUUCCAGGACUUGUCAAAGUUGACCACACUGUGGCUUAUCUAUAACAGUCUAACAAGCCUCAGAGCCGACAUGUUCACAGGGCUGGAAAAAUUGGAGAUGCUUUUGCUAUACGGUAAUGACAUCAUUGACAUUCAGGCUGGAACUUUUGAUCCAUUGCCACAAAUUUUAGGCUUGGACCUGCACAACAACAAGUUAACAACCCUCAGAGCUGGCAUGUUCACAGGGCCAGCAAAGUCCCUUUACCUAGGUGAUAAUGACAUCACUGACAUUCAGCCUGGGACCUUCAAUCAAACACCACUGCUGAAAACCUUGUACCUGAAUAACAACAAGUUAACAAGCCUUAGAUCUGACAUGUUCACAGGGCUGGGAAACAUGCAGGGUCUUAUGCUAGAUGGCAACAACAUUAUGAACAUUCAGGCUGAAACUUUCAAUCCAACACCAAAACUAGUAACCUUGAACCUAGAGAACAACCACAUUUCGUCCAUUCCAUCCAAAUUACUGGUAAAUCUAAUGCGACUGAGAACCCUCAAAUUGUCUCACAACAAGAUGACAAUGUUCCCCUUUGAAGAAUUGUCAGAUAUUGAAACAAUUUCUACUCUAUACAUUGCUAAUAAUGAAUUGACCACUCUUCCCUCAAUGGCCUAUGACAUACUUUCAGCAAUCACGAAUGUAAACAUUGACAACAACCCCUGGCAUUGUGGCUGUGGGAUGGUUCCCUUCAAGAUGAAAAUGACAGAUACAGGAUCUUAUCCUUUUAAAAACCAGAUCAAUUGUUCUCAACCUGCUUACCUUACUGGACUAAAACUUAAAGAUGUCAAGCUCGAAAAGCUUGUCUCAGACUGUCUAGAACCAACAAUUGUGAGGUUUGAGAGAGAUGACAGCAUGGUACUGGUACAGGGGGGAAAUCUCCAGUUAAUCUGUGAAGCUUCAGGAGUCCCCACACCAGACAUCACAGUCAUUCCCCCAUCAGGACUGAAUGCUACUGCAGAGUCCGGUGGGAGGAUAACUGUGGAGGUGAACGGUGACAUCACCAUAACCAGAGUUACUGCAGCAGAUGCUGGUCUGUAUGUCUGUAUCGCAUCAAGUCCUGCUGGCUCCACAUAUGCCGUCUUUAAUACAGGUGCUGUAUCUUCUCACAGUUUCCCCCUCCCAGUUUUUGCUGGCUCUGUGUGUGGUGCAAUAGCUGGCACUCUAGUCCUUGUCGCCAUUGUUCUCACCAUCUGGUGCAAGUUCUGCACCAAGACCGAUCCUGAUCCCUCUGCACCUACACCUGUUGUUUUAUCAACACUACUGCCCCAGCCGCAGGGAGAGGGUGCAUCCACCAGUGAUGACUAGUGGGUGGAUCACUGCAUGUAUCAUUAAUGCCCCCCUGCCAAUACACAUAGAAAUUUCAAAGCCUGCCUACAUGCAAGGAGGUUAUCAUUAAGAUUCACAGUACAUGUAUAGUCAGGAUGACAGAAUUGCUCCUGAAAAGGUGUGCUGCUUCCAUGACCAUUAUCGAACUGUCUGUCAACACUAGGAGUGAACAAAACAAUAAGAGACAAUUAAAACCCGCAUCACUACCAGUCUCUGAGGGACCUGAAAAGCCAACCAAAAGGUUAACUGGCCACUCUUAAUUCACAAAGCCAUCCUAUAAUGUGAAAAUAAGACGAUCAGCCUGAAUACCACAGUCAUCCUUGCAACUCAUAUGUAUUACUGU